AUGUCUUUUUCUCCAACGCCCUCAGGCAUUGGGCCUCCAAACGCCAUCUGCCAUGUGCCAUUUGAGCUCAAGAGGGACGUGCCACAGAAUCGCACGUGCUGUGAAAAGACCAUGGAGAAAAAACUGGGCCUUGGUAUCUUGGGAGCAGCGCGGAUGCUUGACCAACGUGGAGGUCCUGGGGGGAAUGUGCCCUUCACGGUGCUCCAGCCCUUGAAAGCAAAUCCUGACUUGGCGGCCAGGAUCCACAUCGUGGGCCUUGCGUCUCUUCAGAAGACCGAGGCAGAGGCAGCCUGUAAGGACUGGGGGAUUGAGAAGGCCUACGGCAGCUUUGAGGACCUCUUGGCGGAUCCUGCGGUUGAUGCGGUCUACAAUGUGUUGCCGGCCGGUGUCCGCUGCUACUGGACCGUGAAAGCCAUUUUGGCCGGGAAGCACGUCCUGAGUGAGACACCUUCCGUGAUGAAUGGCUGGGAAGCCGUAGCUGCUCAACGUGCGGCUGAGGACCAUGGCCGCGUGCUGCUGGAGGGCACACAUCCCACCUGCCAUCCAGUGACCAAGCGCGUGCGACAGAUGAUCCUGGAGGGGAAGAUAGGAAAAGUCGAGCACAUCGACUUGAGCAUGCCAGUUGGGCAUUCGUUGCAAGGAAAGAUGGUUUGCUCCAAGACGGGUGCCUUGAUGGGCGUAGGCGUCCACGGAGUUGCGAUCAUUCGGGCUCUCUGUGGUGAUGAGCCAAUGGUCGUCAGCGCCACCGCACAGCAGAGUGAGGAUCCCAAUGUGGAUUCAGCAAUGAGUUGCAACUUGCGAUUCCAAAGCGGUGCUGCUGCACACAUCGGCUGCUCGAUCCUGCCACAGAUGGCCAAGUCGCCCACGAAAUUUACCAUCUCCGGGACAGAUGGAAUCAUUCGUGUCCAGGAAUGGUUUACGGGCCAGGGCCAAAGCUCAAAUGAGAUCGCCCUCGAACAGUUUGCUGAGAGUGGCGAGAGCUAUGUCGAACGAGUCGACAACGUGGUAAGCCGCGAUACAUUCUACUACCAGUUGAUGGGCUUCGCAGAUGAAAUCGCGCACCAGAAAAGCGGACAGAACAUGGGAAUGCCUUGGGCAUACGUGACGAAGGGCCCCGCUGACACUGUGAGGAAUUCGGCCCUCAUUGAUGAGAUCUUCCGGAAGGCUGGCAUGAAGCCACGGGCAACUGUGACGCCUGCACCUGAGCCCUAUGGCAAGCUACUGUCCAAGCUAUGA